UGUAUAGCAUCCAUUUCAUCAGUGUACAUAAAACAAUCUCUCCGUAUAAAACUGUGACUAUAAGCGCUUCGUUCGUAGUGCUGGUUGAUCCGCGACGGUCGCGCUCGGCGGCGGUGUGGACUGUGGAGAUGUUUGUCCGACUCGUGUGUUUACUGGCAGUCGCGGCCGUCGGGGCCGAUGCUCAGAACACCAACCUUAGGCGCAGACCGUCUAGAUUCAGACCACCCAACAGCCUUGACUAUGCAGACGAUUCCGAGAUCAAGCUAGCGUUUGCGAUGUUCAGACAUGGCGACCGGACACCCGAUCCCGAGGAAUUAGACAAAUUUCCCGCCGCUCAUAUCAACUCGUCCGUAUUUUAUCCGUACAGUCUCAAAGCCUUAACUAAUCUUGGGAAAAAACAUGCGUACAACGUUGGAGAGUAUCUGAGGAAGCGCUACAACGGGUUCCUGUCCGAACUUUACCUGCCGGAGGAGAUCUCAAUCCGCACCACCGACUACGCGCGGACGAAGAUGACGGUGUUGGCAGCACUGGCCGGCCUCUACCCGCCGAGCCGUAUUCAGAGAUGGAACUAUUUCCUCAAUUGGCAACCCAUUCCAUACGACACUAGGAACUUCAAGGAGGACGAUCUGCAAGUGUACAGAAGUUGUCCGAAAUAUGAAGUCAUGAAAAAUAGCGUUUACGAUCUACCCGAAGUGAAAAUCAGGGUUGAUGAAAAUCGGGAGUUCAUGGACGAGUUGAGUGAGCACGCAGGGCGACCGAUGAAUACGCCGACCGAUGUCUUCUUCUUAAGUAAUUUAGCGCAGUGUCUGGAAAACGUUGGGCUGGAAUUACCACAGUGGGUAAAAGAUGCGAGACCAAAAAUAAAAGAAAUGACAAAUUUAGAAUUUGAAUGUGAAUUUUAUACCCCAGAGCUGAAACGAUUAGGAGGAGGCGUGGUCCUGGGCGAGUUCAUAGAGGCGAGCCGCGCUAUAAUGUCGGGCGACAGCUCGCAGCCCAAGGUGCACCUGCUGUCGGCGCACGAGAACUCCGUGGCGGGCUUCAUGGCGGCCGCCGGCGUCUUCACCAAGCCGCACCAGCCCAGCUACGGCGCCACCUUCUCCCUGGAGCUACGCCGCAACGGCACCACCAGCAAAUACGGAGUCUUGGCUGUAUACGCUGCCCAAGCCGGCGGGCCGGGGGUGCGGGUCCCGAUACCCAAUUGCGGCGAGGACCCUCUGUGUGACUUUGACACCUUUGUUAACCUCACAAAAGAAUUUGUGAUCUCUAGAAGCAAAUUCCAGGCCCACUGCUAUUAAACCUAAAUUAUUUAAAA